UCCCUGGCACUAUAAAUUUGUUUGUUUCUUCUCUCUCAUUGGUGGUUGAGAGAGAGACUUACACCAUGGUUUCCUCUUGUUGUAUUGGAUUCACUAACUCUAUCUCUCCUCUAUCAUCAACCUUUACAAUCUCUAGUAAAAUCACAAACUCACAGAAAAAUCCCAGCAUUUCUGUUGCUCAGAAGCCCAAUUCUGUUCUGAGUUCUAAGCGGACUUCUACUUCUUCAUCAUCUUCGGAUUUUCGAGGUCUUCUUACUGUGGUUCCUUUAGCUGCUUCAAUCGCAGUUCUGUUUUGGACAAAUCCAGUUAAUGCUGGAACUCUGUCUGGGUUCUCUGGGUUAGAAUCAGUUCCAGGUCCUGACCUACCUCAAAUCGAUUUUCUCAAUCGUUUCAAUGAAGAAAAUCAGAAAAAGUAUGCUGCAAACGACGAACGAUUCAAGUCGUCUGACGUACUGAAGGAGUAUCUAGAGAAAUCAAAACUGAACAAAGAGAAGAACAAGCAAGGAAUCCAAGAUAAGUACUGCUUACGAGGAGCAGAAUGGGGUGUAGGAGAUUGUUCAACAGCGGGUAUGACGGAUGACGAAAAAGAUAAAUUUAUUGCAAUGUUGAGGGAAAAAACAGGAAUAACAGAUUGAAAAACGUAGACUAUAUUGAGUGUUCUUGAUUAUUACUGAAUGGCACAAUGUAGUGUUCUUUGAGUCAUUGAUGACACAUUUGUUUAACCCUAGUAUGUACUAGUUACUAGCAAAAAGAUAUAAAGUUUGUUUGAGUAAGCCCUGAAAGAAAUCAAUGACCCUGGUCAAGUCUGCAGAGCGAAACAAUGGAAGGAAAAUGCUUCCUGUUUAAACAAGAGAACACUAAUUUCGUUUCUGUUGGAGAAGUCUCUUGUAAUGCUGCAGGCCGAUGUGCCGUGCAUCUUUGAUCUUUCAAGUCGGCGUCUAUAUUUCGAUGGGACCUUUG